CGACGGGACGGACUUCGCGCAGGCGGCCUAUCCCCUGGCAGCCGCCCCAACUCGGGAACGUCCUAUUCGUGCGCAGGUAUCGCUGGGGACAGCGUCUCGUGCCUUUCACGUCCGCGCUCUGGCCGGGGUGAGAAGGGCGUUCUGUGCCCAGCCCUUGCAGCGUGGGGUCCCAGAAGCAAUCUUCGGCGUGGUAGCAGCAGGAGUUACUCCUGGCGUUGGCAGCAAGCCAUGGCGGCAGCCCUGGAGGAGCUACGGAAGGACUUGGAAGAAGUGAAGGAAUUGCUAGGAAAGGCCACAAGAAAACGAGUCCGUGAUGUUCUAACAGCAGAAAAGUCCAAAUUGGAGACAGAAAUCAAGCACAAGACAAAGCAAAAGGGAGAGGAGAAAAGAGAAACUGCUGAAGUUGAGAAACCAGCAGCUGUGGUUGCACCCAUUUCAGUCGGGUAUACAGUGAAAAUAAAAAAUUAUGGAUGGGAUCAAUCAGACAAAUUUGUGAAAAUCUACAUCACCUUAACUGGUGUUCAGAAUGCCCCCCCUGAGAAUGUACAGGUGCAGUUCACAGAGAGGUCAUUUGAAGUUCUUGUAAAGAAUCUUAAUGGGAAAAACUACUCCAUGACUGUCAACAACCUUUUGAAGCCCAUCUCUGUAGAAGGUAGUUUAAGAAAGAUCAAGACUGAUACAGUUCUUGUAUUAUGCAAAAAGAAACAGGAACAGAAAUGGGAUUACCUGACCCAGGUGGAGAAAGAAUGCAAAGAGAAAGAAAAAUCUUCCUUUGAUAAUGACACAGAUCCUAGUGAAGGGCUGAUGAAUGUUUUGAAGAAGAUUUAUGAAGAUGGAGAUGAUGAAAUGAAGAGAACUAUUAAUAAAGCCUGGGUAGAGUCGAGGGAGAAACAAGCCAAAGGAGAGACUGAAUUUUGAGAUGAAAAAGUCCUUUCAGCCACCAAUGUGGAAAUAUUGUUUCCAAUAAGGAACUGUUGCUGAGCUGCACAGAUGCAUUUGACAAGUAUAUUGUUUACACAGCCUUCUUCCAAGCAAAGACCAUGAACUCCUUCCAUUUCAUGCUGGAGGAUUUAUUUAAAAUAAAAUACACUUAUUUUAAAACAC